AUGCUACGCAUUCUAUCACGUCUGCAGCCAUCCUCGCGAUCCAAGCGCAUCGUCAAUGGGGAUCGCUGCGACAUCGCCACAGCAGCACCUGGGCCGCACCCCAACUCUGGCAACUUUGCUAAUCAACCACGAGAAGUGCUUUCGGAGAUAGGCCAUCGGGGCGGAAAACAGGGCGGAAAAGCAAGAGGAGUGGGUGGUUUUCAUAACAUGGACCCGGAGAAAAAGCGCUCCAUUGCAUCCAAAGGUGGUCGCGCCGGUAGGAAAGCCGCCUUGCAGCUUGAAGAGGCCGUGGAAGAAUCCAAACGACGCAGUCGAGCGGCGGUAAUUCCACCGACCUUUGAAGAGUGGCAAACAUAA